AUGGCUUCUGUCGUUGAAGGGGGCGUCGUUGCUCCCGUGAUGGACAAUGCCACCACAUUUGCGAAGCCCGCCGAGGCCGCGAGAUUGGUGAACAACCUUUUGGCCAACUAUGUGCCUGCCAUGACGAAUGUUCAAUUGACAGUCACGGUGCUGCUGCUUCUGGUAGCCUAUGACCAGGUCCGCUACUGGUCGAUGAAGGGUUCCAUCGCCGGCCCGAAAUUUAAGAUUCCCUUUAUGGGCCCGUUUGUUCAAGCCUUGUACCCCAAGUUCACCGAGUAUCUUGCUCAAUGGGCUAGUGGACCUCUCAGUUGUGUCUCCGUCUUCCAUAAGUUUGUCGUUCUGGCGUCAGACCGCGACAUUGCCCACAAGGUUUUCAAAUCCCCCACAUUCACCAAGCCAUGCCUCGUCCCCGUUGCAGAGCAAAUCAUUGGCGAGACCGCCUGGGUUUUCCUCAACGGUAAAGCGCACACCGAGUAUCGCAAGGGACUCACGGGCCUUUUCACCAACAAGGCCCUCAGCAUCUAUCUCCCCGUCCAGGAGCGCGUGUACGACGACUAUUUCGACAAGUUUGUCGGAAUCAGCAAGAGCAAAGGGGGAAAGCCGACCGAGUUUAUGGGAAUGUUCAGAGAGAUCAACUGUGCCCUCUCUUGCCGCACCUUUUUCGGAGACUACAUCUCCCAGGACGCCGUCAAAAACAUUGCAAACGACUACUACCUGGUUACCGCCGCCCUCGAGCUCGUGAAUGUUCCCCUUUCCAUCUAUGUCCCCGGAACCAAGACUUACAAGGGAAGAAAACUGGCAAAGGAAGUCCAGGCCGAAUUCGCUCGCUGUGCUGCUCGCUGCAAGGUCAACAUGGCUUCAGGAGCCCCGCCAACCUGCACCGUCGACGAGUGGGUUCUCCACAUGAUGGAGUCCAAGAAGUACCGCGAGCGAGUCGAGGCCGGCGAGAAGGACGUGCCCAAGCCCCAGAACCUGAUCCGCGAGUUUUCCAACGAGGAGAUCGGCCAGGUGCUGUUCACCUUCCUUUUCGCGUCCCAGGACGCCUCUAGCAGUGCCACUACUUUCCUUUUCCAGAUCAUGGCCCAGAGGCCCGACGUCCUCGACAAGGUCCGCGAGGAGAACCUCGCCAUUCGCGGGGGCGAUCGAAGCCGCCCCUUCGAGUUGGACAUGUUUGAGAAGUUGCCGUACACCAACGCUGUCGUCAAGGAGCUGCUCCGAUACCGCCCACCCGUCAUCUUCGUUCCUUAUACCGCCACCAAGGCGUUCCCCGUCACGCCAGACUACACCGUCCCCAAGGGCGCCAUGAUCAUCCCUUCCUGCUAUCCUGCUCUCCACGACCCCAAGGUCUACCCCGACCCCGACACUUUCGACCCCGAGCGAUGGAUCUCAGGCGACGCCGACUCUAAGACCAAGAAUUGGCUUGUGUUUGGCGCGGGUGCCCAUGACUGCCUUGCGCGCAAGUACGUGCCGCUCACCAUGGUGCACAUGAUUGGAAAGGCGUCCAUGGAUCUCGACUGGGUGCAUCAUGCCACACCCAAGUCGGAAGAGAUUAGAGUUUUCGCCACUCUUUUCCCCGAGGACGAGUGCCCUCUUGUUUUUACAAGGCGAGAGUAA